AUGUCGACUUCAGCCUUCUACUUUCCCAGAGAGCCAUCCAGACCAUUGGCGGGAAAUAUUUUGGUUGUCCCCAUCGUAUCCAUAGGAAAUAUCUCCCAGCUCGCUUCGAGUCUUCUCAUAACUUCGCUCGAGCUUGAGUGCAUAGGCCGAUUCGAUUCCAGAGACCUUGUACCUGCCGUUGGCGGGAGAGAAGAUGGACUAGAAGGGAUCACUACUCCUCUUGAGCUCUAUGGGCACGAAGGGUUCGAAGGGUUCAAUGUCGUGGAUCGGAAGGAGGACUUCAUUGCGAAGUUGCUAGCGUUCAUCACUGAUUCACAGUUUUCUGCCAUCCUGUUCCUCUCUGGAGUCGACCUCUCCAACCGAACGGAUGCACAAAUGAUAACGCCGACAUACCAUAUCGUUCCACCCAACUCACCUGCCUGGAAAGAUACGCCACUCUCUACCAUAUCCACCCUACCAAUCCCAGCCUAUACCUCUCCAGUCUCACAAAACCCGCUUGCCCCCGCACACCUCGAGAGCACCAUACCCUUCAUCCCAGCAGGAGGACUGACCCGACGCAUCCUCUCCUCGCUUCCGGCGGCGUGGGAUAUUCCGACAGCUUCAAUCCUCCAGUUCGUGACAGAGGGCGAUAACAGGUCGGAUGCCUUCUUGAUGGCUACUGCAAUUUCCAAAGUGUUGUCGCUAGACACACGGGAAUGGAAGCAGCCUCUCAGCUGGCAGCAGGGUCUGUUCGGGACGCCACAGGAUCAAACAUUGUAUGGCUGA